UAUGCAUUUAUCUUCACUCCGAUGAGGGCUCAGUCACGAUAGCACCCCUGGUUCCCCAUUCCCGUAGGAGCUGGCGUGAGGGCUGCCUGCUGCCUCCCCUCCAUUAGCCACAGCUAUUGGAUUUCCCACCCAGAAUCUUUAGUAAAUGAGAUCAUGAUUCUGGAAGGAAGUGGUGUAAUGAAUCUCAACCCCAGCAACAACCUCCUCCACCAGCAGCCAGCCUGGACGGACAGCUACCCCAUGUGCAAUGUUUCCAGUGGGUUUUUUGGAGGCCAGUGGCAUGAAAUCCAUCCUCAGUAUUGGACCAAGUACCAGGUGUGGGAGUGGCUCCAGCACCUCCUGGACACCAACCAGCUGGACGCCAGCUGCAUCCCUUUCCAGGAAUUUGACAUCAACGGCGAGCACCUGUGCAACAUGACUUUGCAGGAGUUCAUCCGGGCGGCGGGGACAGCGGGGCAGCUCCUUUACAGCAACUUGCAGCAUCUCAAGUGGAACGGCCAGUGCAGUAGUGACCUGUUCCAGUCCACACCCAAUGUCAUUGUCAAGACCGAACAAACGGACCCUUCCAUCAUGAACACCUGGAAAGAAGAAAACUAUUUAUAUGACGCCAGCUAUGGUAGCACAGUAGAUUUGUUGGACAGCAAAACUUUCUGCCGGGCCCAGAUCUCCAUGACAACCACCAAUCACCUUCCCGUAGCAGAGUCACCCGACGUGAAGAAGGAGCAGGACCACCCCGCCAAGUCCCACACCAAGAAGCACAACCCGCGGGGGACUCACCUAUGGGAAUUCAUCCGCGACAUCCUCCUGAACCCAGACAGGAAUCCAGGGUUGAUCAAGUGGGAAGACAGGUCGGAGGGCAUCUUCAGGUUCUUGAAGUCGGAGGCGGUGGCUCAGCUAUGGGGGAAAAAGAAAAACAACAGCAGCAUGACCUACGAAAAGCUCAGCCGAGCCAUGAGGUACUACUACAAAAGAGAAAUUCUGGAACGCGUGGACGGGCGCAGACUGGUAUAUAAAUUUGGGAAGAAUGCACGCGGAUGGAGAGAAAACGAGAACUGACGCCUGGAACCCGAACCACACCAUCCCCCCAUAACCUAACGAGCCUAGCUCCUGGACGUAAAUAGUUCAAAGACGGUUUUCUCUGAUAUUUAUGUUCCAGGAAGGGGAGAAAGGAAAGUCUACUUCUUACGGGAGAAGGAACACUACAGUUGAUACAAUUAUUUUGUUACUUUGAAGUAUAUCCUGUGUGGGGAACAAACGUACACAGUUUUCUGUGAACCAUGACGCUGUCUGUGGUUGUGAUUUGUUUUUGCCUUUAUUGUGAAGUCCUUCCCACUGCAAGAAGAAUGGGGUUUGUGGCCUGUGCUUCUUGCUAAACGAAAAGAAAAAAAAAUGUCAGAGGGCAUUAAAUAUUUUAUAUACAAAUGGUUUAGGGAAAGAUCAAGUGUCCUUCGCUCGCCCGUAAGCAUCCACCCGGCCUCAUCAAGAGAGGCGGGCGUGGUUGCGGGGAUGAACUCCAGGGUCUCAGAUGGACAAGAGGAACCAGAGGAUGCUGGGAAGCUUAACCGGCCCCUCAGGAGCCACUGAGUGGAGAACGAGGACUCCCCAGAUCCAGGGGGACUGUAAUCACUGCAUAAUCACGUGACUUGCAAUGUUCGAAUCAGCGAGAGGAGUAAUGUGGGGGCUUUAUACUCAUUCAGGAAUGAUUUCCCUGAUGCCAAGGCUCUCCUCCCUCCUCCCUCUUGGAUGAUUGGUGAACAGCUUCAAUGACCGCCUCUGCUAACUUCCAGAUAUUUAAGAAAGGGGCCAGUCUUGCUUAUUUUUAUGACAAUUGCCUAAAAAUAAAUGGGAAAAAGGAGGUGGCAAUGAGUUUGCUCUUGUAUUCCUAUCGUCUGUGGUUUCUCAGUUGGCACAACUGACACUUUAGGUUGAAUGAUUCUUCAUUGUACGUUGUUCGGCUGUCCUGUGCAUUGUAAGGUGUUUAGCAGUCUCUGUGACCUCUAUUCGCUAGAAGUCAUAGAAGUUGUGACCACCGAAAAUGUCUUCAGACAUUUCCAAGUGUGCUUUGAGCGGGGAGCAAAAUUGCCUUUGAUUGAGUACCACUGAUUUAGCCAGUCAAGAUGGAGUUGGUGAUUUAUUCUCAGAACAGUAAAAUAUGGAAAAUCCUUUAAUUCCGAGGAAGAAGCAAAAGCAAGACUUCAAAGUCAUCCUAUUUUUAAUUCUUAAAAUAUUAGGGACAAUGGGUUUAAGUAUCUAGAGGAACUUCUUUUCAGGACUCCGGAUGAGAGCCAACGUCAGAUACACGGAACAAGGUAAUGCAGCCAGAACUAAAAGAAGACAUUUUCACUAGAAUUACAAAGCAGAGCAAAAAUUUUAUUGUAGAGAUGCUAAGGGAAAAAUGGGUGUGUGUGUAUUUCUGUGUGUGAGUGUGUUUGAGAGAGAUGAGAGAGAUGAGAGAGAGAGAGAGAGAGGGAGAGAAAAUUCCUGGGAAAAUCUUCUUUGCAGGUGUUAAUUUUUAUAGUCUUUCCUCUUUUGGAUCAUCAUUUUCCUGUCUCAUAAGUAUCCUUUUCAAAGCGAAUGGUGUAUUAUUUAAACUUGCAGCUAGAGGAAUGUUAAAAAAAAGACAUAGGAAAGAAAGGAAGCAUGGAAAAAAAAAAACAGAAAACACCUAGGACCUAUGGUCAGUAAGGAAUUGGAGACUUCUUUAAUGAUGGGGUUGUUUGGGGUACCCGGAGACUUACCACUGGGUCCCAUAAUCUGGAAGAAUUGUGAGCCUGUAGGCACUUUGCGAAUGGAUUUGAACAUCCAAAUCCCUUUUGCAGCUUUUCUUUUUGGCUCUCUGUGUACUUGGUGGCUUUCUCCUUCCUCCUGCCUCUCUUGGGCAAUACUGUGGGGCUGAAGACACGUACCAAUACCAGGGAGUGGCCUUCAUCAACUAAUGGAUCACCUGCCACAGUGUCUUACCUAGCAGAGGCGAGCAAUUCUUAGUCAAGGAUUGUAAAGCGUUCGUAAUGUACUCAGAAGGCUGGAAGUAAGAAUUAACCCUGUGCCCUAAUUACAAAUGGCAACCAUUCUGGAUGGUGACCUUGGCAUACCAGGGUACUGAGAUGAAUGACCUUCUGAAGGGACAGCCAAGGCCAUUUUUAGUUCUGCCUGGCCUGGUCACCUCCACAAAGGCGUUACUUAGUGUUGUUAAGUAACAGUUACUGAGGGAACUGAGAGAAGUGACAGUCUGCAGCCCAGAUCUGAGACAUCCCUGCGCAAAAGACACACCUUCUUUCCCAAGGCAGGCUAAGAGCUAGGAGGCCUCCCCAGCAUUUAACUAUACUUCACACAGAACAAAUUCAGUAUCUGGAUAUUUUAACUGGAGUAAACACCUGAAUGUUUGGGUGCCUGUGUAUGUCUGAGUUGUGUGAAGACAGUAGGCUCAGCUGCUAAUUCUCUCUUUGCUAUUCCUUCCUUGGCUUUGCUUGUUCGUCAUCUUAAGGUGGCUAGAUUUUCUCUGAGUCUACACUUCCCCAAACCUGCAAGUUUCUCACAUUCCCCGAAACUGACUCUUUCGGCCCCCUCUCCAUAGAAGAGCAGUCUUUGCGAGGUGGUAAGUGAGUCUGGGGAGAACCGACUGAUGCAGUUCUAAUGAUAUUAGCAGACUGUGCUAUUUCUUGAAAGUGACGGUUUCUUGGCACCCAGUUCCUACUCAAAUAGGCCGGAGUAUUAAGUUCUCAGCAUAUCUCUAUUGUCUUGGCUUGAGUUGGAUGCAUUUUAUGUACAGUUCGUGACUUGGAAAACUCAAGGUAAUCAGGCCAUGCCCACUUGGGGUGUGAACAGAGCACUUCUCACCGCCGUGUUGGAAGGGAGGGUGAAAUCCCAGAGGCGAGCUGGCAUCAGGUGAAGCAGCCCGUCCUUUGGGGGACACCCGGCUUCUCCCUGGGGAAGCCUCUCUGUGCUCCCAGGGUCGCGGCACACGGUCUCCUUGGACCUUCCCUGAGCUGAAGGCGUGGGCUCUUAUUUGUAGUUUUCACGGGAACCUGAGGCAGGAGAUGUGUUGCUAAGACUUUACCAGACUCAGGUCAUCUGAGGGGCCUAGGUGUUUGACCUGAUGAGACUUUAGCAAGGCCCUGACUCCCGGGGCCAUACCUACAGUUUCUUGAACUUGCCUUCUGAGCCGGGCAGACCUCGGUUAUGAGUUUUUCUUUGGACAACCUUGUCCUUUCUCCAAAUUUUUGCCUUUCUAGACUGUAAGCUCUUUAUGGGCAGGCACUAGAUUUUAUCAAUAUUUGUGCUCUGCACCAAGCGUGGAUAGGCGCUCAAUAAAUAUUUGUUGAGUUAAUAAAUGAAUGUUUUCUGGAGGACUCCUUGGAUGCGGAGGUCAUACCCAGAAUUGGGAUGUGAAUCACUUCUUCAUGGGAAUAAGAGUACAACCUCUGUCCCUUCAAAGACGUGUUAUCUGUCAGAUGAACAUUUUAUGGUGAGACUCCUCACUUUGCCUUCCUGCCCGCGCUGAGGUGAAACCAGAACAGGCUGCCUGCUUCCACAAGUCGUGUGCUGGAUGAGGAUUCCGUCGCCUUGUUAGGAACUGUGAGAUUUAUCUGGUAUAACAAACCAGGAAUGAACCUUUGACAUGUGUUAACCCAUGAAGAUUAUGAAUGUGUUCAUAUGAUGUAAAUUGUUAUUUAAAUGUAAAGCAGUUUUAAAUUUUAGUAUUUUGGGGGUUGGUUUAUACAUACAUACAUAUAUAUAUAUAUUUUUUUCUUUUUGAAAAAUACGGAGGGAUCUUUUCAUAAGGUGAGCUAUGCGCAGUAGAUUUCAGUUUUGCAAGUGUUGUUUUUCAGGGGCACAGGGAAAGGUAAAAUUAAGAGGGAAGGCAGUUAUAUUAUUCUUCUGUAGUUGAAAAAGAAACGUUUGUUGAGUACCCACUAUGUGUGCUGUAGGAAAGCAUGUAUGAAGAGUGUAUCUGAUUCCGUGGGGUGUGACAUGUACUUCAUGUGAACCUAAUGGAUGCACACGGGCGGUAUUAAAGACAGAACAGCAGGACAGUCACAUUGUCAGAGCUGAGCUGACCUCAGCGUUGGUUCUCAGAACUCCAUUUCUGCAACAUGAGGUAGGGCAUUUACUAAAGACCCUUUGAAAGUAUGCCUUAUGGACCACUGACACAUACACGCCUUCCCAAGGUUAGCUAAACUGAGGUGAAUGUUCUCAUAGCGAGCUUCAUAAUUCUUGCUUUUGUUCCCAUCUGGUUUCUGAGUAGACAAUUUCUUUGGAAACGGCCCUACUGCUGCUAAUUUUAAAAAUUAGAAAUCAUGUCCUUUAAACUAUGUUAAGUUCAAAUUGAGUAUUUCUCUUUUAUGAAAGAAUAAGAUU